GUCAUCUCCGAGAAACAGCUUGUCGGAAGGGUGAAAUGAGCAGGAGCUCAACAUGCGUGUAUUUCUUGCAGCACAGCUCUUUCCAAAUCCUUUGCGGGAAUCGAGAUGUGGUUUUAGUGUGGAUCUAUGUGUUUGUCGUUAUAAAAAGGAAGGAAGUGUGUGUGUGCGCUUAUUGGAGGCUUGGACGAAGCUGCAUGCGGAGUGCAGAGUAUUGUAUAUCUGUCGCUCCUGUUCAGCUGACCAUGUUGUUCCUGGUUAUUCUCACCACUUUCCUUUGUUCCACGUAUGCUGAUAUUUCUUGCUACAAUGAUGACGGGCAGCCAGUUGACUGGUUCAUAAUCUAUAAGUUACCUAAACUAAAGGAAAAUCCUGAUCAUGAUGGAGAGACGUACAUGUACCAGGAUGCUUCAACACAGGCCUGGGUCGAGAGUACACACACAAUGAAUGAUACAGAUGGGGCAGUGGGACAUACUUUGCAGCAAUUUUACAAGUCUGGAGGACCCAAGAAUGAAGGUGUGGCAUAUGUGCUUUAUAAUGACCAGUUUGAAGAGAAGAUGUCGUAUCCAUCUAAAUUUGGUCACACAAAAGGUGUCAUUCUUCUGGAUCAAGAACAAGGAAUCUGGUUGGUUCACAGUACCCCAAAGUUUCCUCCAAAGUUGCAAGAAGGCUACUACUGGCCCCAUAAUGGGCUUCGCAAUGGACAGUCCUUCCUAUGUGUGACGUACUCCUACUCCUCUUUUAAAGCUAUAGGGAAUCAGUUGAUGUACACUGAGCCGGACUGUUAUGAAUCCUCUCUCCCACCUUCGUUUGCUGAUGACUUCCCGGAACUAGUUAGUGCAUCCCAGGGAAAAUUUGUAAAGAAACCACCUUGGACCAGUCAGGUCACUUUAACUUCAGUAGGAGGGAAAGCAUUCACAAGCUUCGCAAAAAACGGACACUUUGAGGAUGAUCUUUAUUCUGGUUGGUUAUCUGGAGCCCUGGAAAGCAAUCUUUUGGUUCAGUUCUGGCCUAACUCAGCAGGCGUUCUCCCUUCCAACUGCAGCAUAGAGUAUUUUGUUUACAGCAUUGAAUAUCUUCAGUUUUCACAAGCUAUAAGUUUCUCUCACCACAUCGACCACUCUAAAUGGUGCAUUUCUAAAUCUGCAAAUGACAGUGGUAAGCCAUGGACCUGCAUUGGUGACAUGAACCGUGUUGAAGGAGAGAUGAAGCGAGGUGGAGGGACAGUCUGCACCAGUGAUGCAGCAAUUUGGAAAGCUUUCUAUAAGCUCAUCGAAAAAUAUGAAGACUGCAGCUAGUGAAUGUAACUCAAUACACCCCUCACUUUUCCUAUUUGAUCUUUCACUAAAAUGAAUGUCCUUGUUCGAAACAUUUGUUUUCGCACACAUUCAUGACAAGCACUAACAUUUACAUUUAUAAUGUAUACACUAGGGCAGAUUACGAUUAAUGAACAUUAGCCACUAGACUAGAUUUGUGGCUGACAAAAACACAAGUACUGUACAACAUAGGCAACUUUAAACUUUUGUGAAAUCAGAAAAUGAAAUCUGGAUUUCUAUUUCUUUCACACAAAGUAAGUCCUGGUGCAGAUUCUGUUAGUGUUUGCUUCACUCAGUCCUAUAUGUACACUCACAGACGUGCUGAAUCUCUGAUAGACACAAAUACCACUUUGUUUGCCUAGGUUUCCCAUUCAGACACUUCCCUCGAUUUUCACAUAGAUGUACAACACUUCACCGAAGUUGGUGUUUAACACACAUUGUUAUGUUGCUGUGUGCAUUAUCGUGCUAGCAUUUUGUACCUGCUGAGAUAUGCAUUACUGUCUCAGUACAUAUUGGGGCACAUCUGACCAUAUUCAAAGCUUUAUUAGCAAAUUAUACUAUGCACUGUCCUGGCAGCUGUUUUCUACCAUGUAACCAUCCAGAUAUGUGUGACUUCCAGUGGCUGAAAUUGGUUUUACUAUAGAAGUAACUUUCCUGUAUUGUCUGCUCUUCAGCAUUAAUGCAUCUAGAACGUAACUUUGUAGUUUUGAAAAAACUUUUACAGUUUAUCUGUUAUGUUAUUAUUUGUAAAUAUGUACAUUAAUUAACAGCAUUUGCUACUUCAGUUGUAAGUGAGCUGUUUGCAGUUAGUGCAUAUUUAAUAGUAAAAGAUUUAAGAUAAGUAAGAAUACAGUUACAGUAUAAUAAAUCAAACCCCAAAAUGGACAAGAUGAUGAAAUGGACAGUAGAUGUAGUGGGCAGUAGAACUUAGCCACUGCAUGCAGCAAGUCACUAGGUUUUAUUGUUAAAGUUCUUGUCAGUACCUUCUGGUCACUGAUAGACUUGAUAAAUGAAAGGUUUACUGCUACAACAGAAAAAUGCAAGUGAAUAUGCAAAGUUGCUACUCAUUUUGUAACUGACACUCUUUUGUAAUUUUGUCUUGAACAGAGUAAAAGCCAUGAAAACACAUCCUGUUUUGUCAUAUUUUUGUCAAUAUUUUGUUUUCUGUACUUUGUUAAAGUCCUAAACAUUUUUUUAUUGAAAUUUAGUUCUAGAUCUUUCUGACAGAUGGUUUACUUGUUCUGAUGUGAUUUUAUUUCUAACUAAUAAACAAUUUGAUAUUA